UCGUAGUUGUACUUACCUUUGACAUGGACAGACUUCACCGGAAUAUAACCGGAUAACGUGUUAUCAAGCUAUUUUCUCAAUGACACAUGUCGACAGUUUCAUAAGAGCUUUUAUCAUUUAACCCAAAUCGUGUUUUGUCCUCCUGUAACAUAUUCGCAGGGGAGCUGAUAUUCAUCCCUCAAGUUCCCAGGGAUCCUUCAGCUUGCCCUGAUGGAAGCUGAGCAAGACGGAGACCUCCUUGAAGAGGACUCCACUCAGGAGAAUGUCCAGACAAACAAGUACAGCUCCAUCACUCCUCCUGCCUCACCCGAGGACCAUGGCGACAACUUAACCAGCACAUACUUUGAAGAGAAGGUUCCCAUUCCUGGGAACAUUGACCAGGUGUUCAGUUUCCGUAAGCUCUGGGCCUUCACUGGACCAGGGUUUUUGAUGAGCAUUGCAUACUUGGAUCCAGGGAACAUCGAGUCUGACCUUCAGUCAGGAGCUAAAGCUGGCUUUAAGCUCCUAUGGGUGCUCCUUGGAGCCACCAUCAUUGGGCUUCUGUUGCAGAGGUUAGCUGCACGCCUCGGCGUUGUCACGGGGAUGCACUUGGCUGAAGUCUGCAACCGCCAAUAUCCAACAGUUCCUCGUAUCAUUCUUUGGUUAAUGGUGGAACUGGCGAUUAUUGGCUCAGACAUGCAGGAGGUCAUCGGCUGUGCCAUAGCGUUCAACCUUCUCUCUCUGGGCCAUAUCCCACUGUGGGCAGGAGUCCUCAUCACUAUCACAGACACAUUUGUGUUCCUCUUUCUAGACAAAUAUGGUCUAAGGAAACUUGAAGCUUUCUUUGGCAUACUCAUCACCAUAAUGGCUCUCAGCUUCGGUUACGAGUACGUUUUAGUGAAGCCCGACCAGGGUGAGCUGCUGAAGGGGAUGUUUGUGCCGUAUUGCGCAGGCUGUGGGAAGGUGCAGUUGUUACAGGCUGUGGGAAUCGUUGGCGCUGUCAUCAUGCCGCACAACAUCUACUUACACUCUGCACUGGUCAAGUCGCGGGAUAUUGAUCGCAAAAAUAAGAAUGAAGUGAAGGAGGCCAACAAGUACUACUUCAUCGAGUCAACCAUAGCUCUCUUUGUGUCCUUCCUCAUCAACGUCUUCGUGGUUGCAGUCUUUGCGCAGGCCUUCUACAAUAAAACCAACAUGCAAGUGAAUGAAGAGUGCAAUGCAACUGGCAGCCCUCACACGGAUCUCUUCCCUUUAAACAACGGCACACUGGAGGUGGACAUUUACAAAGGGGGGGUGGUCCUUGGCUGUUUCUUUGGACCUGCUGCCCUUUACAUCUGGGCAAUCGGGAUCCUGGCAGCUGGACAGAGUUCCACCAUGACGGGCACUUACGCUGGGCAGUUUGUAAUGGAGGGUUUCCUGAACCUUCAGUGGUCCCGGUUUGCACGGGUGCUGCUUACGCGCUCCAUCGCCAUCACGCCUACUCUUCUGGUGGCCAUUUUUCAGGAUGUUCAGCACUUGACGGGGAUGAACGACUUCCUCAAUGUUCUACAAAGCAUGCAGCUUCCAUUUGCUUUGAUCCCAAUCCUGACCUUCACCAGUAUGACCUCCAUAAUGAGCGACUUUGCUAAUGGAUUGGUGUGGAAGAUUUCCGGGAGCGUCAUCAUCCUGGUGGUUUGUGCAAUCAACACAUACUUUGUGGUGAUUUAUGUCACAACACUGAACAGUACGCUGCUCUACGUUGUCGCUGCCCUCCUCUCAGUUGCCUAUCUGUGUUUUGUCGUCUACCUGGCUUGGUACUGUUUGAUUGCCUUGGGGGUUUCCUGCCUGGACUUUGGCAGCCGGUUGGGGCUGUCGCGGCACACAGACAUUUACUUACUAAACGACAUGGACGCUGACACAGUGGUUGAAAGAUAGGAAGACUUGCAGUGAUGAGCUGCCUCCAACGUGGGACCAUCAGAGCUCGGCCAGUAUGUGUCUGUCUCAUAGACUGUAAAUAUUAGGUCUGUCUUCACCUCUCUGUGCCUUACAUAUGAAGUGUCCUUACAGCACAGAUAAUGCACACACUGAUGUCUGGUAUGCUAAUUAAAACAAUAAGGGUAGUUUGAUCUCUGCAACCUAAGCUAAGUAAGAAUCCUGCAAAUAAUGGGACAUGUUUCACCGAAUAAUGUUUCUGUAACUUUGACACUUAACUUAUUAUGGUUCAGAAAAAGAAAAAAAAAACAAGCAGAUCUUGAGGUUCAAUGCGUCCUGUUUUCCUUUGAUUGCAUCUAUAAUCACAUAUCUUUAACGACACCAUAACUUUGGUUAAUAGGUGUCAACCAGGUUCUUACUUCUACUCUGCAUUUAGAAGUUGCAAAAUUAUAAACACAAAUUUCUACAUCAUCAAAAGACUGGAGUCUUGAGUUCAGAGAAACAGUCUGCUGUCUUUUUUUUUAGGCCAGUGUUGCACUUAAGCUGCUUUGGACCUCGAAUAUGGCCUCAGGGUUUCAGCAUUGACAGACAUGUGUUUAAUUAAGUUGUUUUUAAACAUUCAGUUGCUCCCUGGUUUAGCUUGUGACAAAGUAAAUCCAAUUUGUCACACAUCAUCUCAAAGUGAGAAUGUGUUUUUGUGUUUGGUCGGUACCAAACCGCAGCCCUGGUUCUAAGAUAAAAUCUUAACUGUUUAAAACAAUCAUCUUAAUGUUGAAAUUUGACCAAUUCAUUGUGAUAACGGACACUAGAAUAACAAUGUAAAAGUAGAAAACUAUACCUAGUACUUAAAUUGAAUAAUACACAGUUUUCCCUGUGUUUUGUAGAUGACAGAUUCAUAAUUUCUCCUCACUGAUCAACCCACAUGAAGAAGAGUAUAUUGUUUUCGAGCUGUGCCAUAAAUCUCAUGAGCUGUGUGAGCUCCGGUGAGGUGCAUGCAAUUCUCAGCAUGCUUUCCUUGGCAAAACACAAAAAAA